UGCUGUUAUAGGUACUCUAAAUGCUAUUUAUCAAUCCGUUAUAGACAUCUUAAAUCUUUGAUACAAAACUGGAAAAUUUAGGAUAUAAAAUAGAAAAACAAUGGUUUGCGAACAGAAAACUGUGUGUUGAUAAAACUUUUUAUUACUUAUUAAUUUUAUUUGAAAUUUAUCGAAACCUCUUCUGAUUUUUGCUAUCUUGAACGUCUGAGAAGAUAAAUCUUUCAGAAAGCGGAACUAGUCGGACGGACCUUCAUAAAAAAUUUCAAGACGUAGGAGAAAAUUCAUCGAAACAGUUUGAAGAUUUUUUAACCCGAAGCUUGAUUCAAUUCACUUAACCACUUCUAAUCAGUUCAUAGUGAUGUUUCGCAACUGGAGUGCACGCUCCUCGCGUCUGUCCGCCUCGCACUCAUCCGUUCACGAGGUGGGAUCAGUGUUCACCGCAAUGCACGAUGCAGCAGCAGUAGGUGCACUACCCGUGCUCAAUAAAGCCUCGAGACAGCAACUUAGCAAAGAAGACAGCAACGGAUGCACUCCUGGAUUGGUAGCCGCAGAGAAAGGUCAACUGGAAGCACUCAAAGUCAUCCACAAGAGAGGUGGUAGAAUCAGCAAACCCGACUACUUCGGAAACUCGGCUCUACAUUUGGCCGUCAAAAACGACAACUACAGCUGUGUUCGGUUUCUGCUGUAUGAAAAACACACGUGCAACCCCUUUGCUUUAGACGACCAGGAAAACACUCCUUUGGCAUUAGCUAGAAUAGCCAAAGCGACUGAGAGUGAGAAAAUACUUGAGAAGUUCGAGAAGAAUCUAGAAGUUUCUGACCCCAAGAAGUUGAAACGAUUGAUAAUCAGUGCUGCGAAAGAUCACAAACACAAUAAAAAAAUGAGGGAAAACCGUCUGAACGGGAAAGUGAACAAACUGAAGCGUGAAAAGAACUUGAUGAGAUUGACUUCUUCACGCAGUUUGGAAUCCAUCAGCUAUGACAAAAGUGGAGAGAAGUUUCUUCUCUCUCCCUUAAGUUCUAGAACAUUCGAGAGCAGUUCCCAUGUGUCCGAAAUGUCAAAGUUCAAAAACAGAUUCAAGUCGCCAGUGUUGGCCAGGAAACAGCAAGACCCGGGCUUCUUCCUCUCACCCAAUCAAUCCUUCCAGAGUUCCUACUCGGAGGUCAGCUUGCCCUUGACCUCCUCCUUCAUAAACUCCUCAAGCAGUCACAAUUUAGUUCAAGGUCGUCCUGCAGUCGGUCCAGACUUGGCCUCCUCGUUGUCGCAAAUAGACUUCGAGUCAUCUCGCUCCGAAAUGGCAACAGUAGCAAACUUCGAGAAUGCGGACCUCAGUCCUGGCAGCUCAGUAAUGGAAGUCGAAGACCCAUUUGCGAUGUGCCAAAAACCGGAAAUUAAAGAUCCCGGAGAUUCGGAACGACUCCGGUUUUUCCUCGAAAGUUACGGUCUGGGAGAAAUAUAUCCGACCAUGUUGAGUCGUGGGUACACUUACGAACGGGUCACUUCUCUGAAACCAAGCGAGUUCCAUAAAUUGAAGAUCGAUAAUGCAACUGCUAAGAAGAUGUUGUGUGAUGUGAUUUCAAUGAGAGACAAUUUCCAACAAGAGAUGAAAGCUCAUAAUGAUUUAAUUGACGUGAAAUUGUGAACAGGUUUUCUUGGUCAUUCAUUGCUACGACUACUUACUCAACUGGUUUUAACAAUAAAGUUCAGAACAAAAAAUAUUUCAUGAGCUUUAAGAAU